UAUUCGGAUCAGUGAUGGUCAUAUGUGUAGCGAUAAUACUUUACAGGAAGUUCUCAAUUUUGUGCAAGAAAAAUAUAAUAAGUGAAAUCAAGAUGGACACAUUUCAUAGAGCCGACACAGACGGUACUGCAAAGAUCAUAUCAAAAACAGACAAAGUAUCGAUUCCAAACGGAGGAAAAGGUCCCGAGUCGAAAGAUGUUGAUGACUAUGAUUACAUCUACGAAGAACAAGGAAAAGAAGAAGAAGAAGAAGAAACAUCUUAUAUGUACAGUUGCUAUGACAGAAAUGUGCUUAAGAUCCGGUCUAAUCUAUAUAGCACGGAGUAAAAUUUGUAUAUAAUUU